GCGUUUGCUCGUGCAGUGCGCGGCGGCGGCAGCAGUGUGGUGCUCUGGGUCUCCGGCUCUGCCCGGCAGAGCGAAACCUCCAGCUCGCUGAACAUCUGCAAGCCAAGCUUUUCAUGUUCUCCCGUGUGUGAAUGCUGCCCAACUGCACCAGGAAAAUGGGCACAGGGGAUUAUCUCUGCAUUGCCAUGAGCGGAGGGGCGCCGUGGGGCUUCAGGCUGCAAGGGGGCAAGGAGCAGAAGCAGCCUUUGCAAAUCGCCAAGGUUCGCAGCAAAAGCAAAGCAGCCAAGGCUGGACUGUGCGAGGGGGAUGAGGUGGUGUCUAUCAACGGGAAGCCUUGUGGAGACCUGACCUAUGCUGAAAUCAUUGUUCUGAUGGAAAGCCUGACUGACGUCCUGCAGCUGCUUAUCAAGAGAUCCUCCAGUGGAAUAAAUGACACCGUGAAUGCUGAAAGAGAAAACGGGAAGCACGAGAACAUAAAAAUUGAGGACUAUGGGGAGAGCACCACACUGCAAAUGAACGCAGUGCAAGAGAUACCCCAUGGAGAUUUAUGCAUCACAGAGAUUUACAGUGGGACUCACCACGGAGCAGCAGAAAGCAACACACACUUUUCUGAAACAAAGCAAGAGACCACACAAAGCCACAGAAUUCCUCCUAAAGUGCUAGGCACCCCCACAGUGAUCGUGACAGACGAGGCUGCUGUCAGAGGGACGACAGAAGAAAGGCCAGGUGCUAUGGUUGAGCUGCAGCUGUCCCUCUCAGAGGACAUGCACAAGGCCACCAAUGCUCCUGCUGUGACUCUCUUGGGGGCAGAAAAGUGCCCCCCUUCAGGCAGAGGAGCCAGUGCCCAACAGGACGGGAGCAGCCCCCUCAUUGCAGUUCCCCUGAGUGUGAAGGAGGGCAACAUCCAGUGGUCAAACAAAGUAGUCCACUUUUCCAGCAGCAAGAGGAUCCAAGGUGCAGCUCCAUCGAUCCCCAGGGUGGAGGUGAUCCUAGACUGCUCAGACAGGGAAAAGGAAGCGCCCAGGUCUCAGUCUGAAAGGGGGUGUGUUGAUUCUCAAGUAGAAGGAGGGCAGUCAGAAGCACCUCCUUCCCUCCUCUCUUUUGCAAUCUCGCCAGAAGCCACAGUGCAGGGAGAAGACAGCAAGCACUCGGAAAAGGAGCACAGACCUCUCAAGCACAGGGCAAGGCACGCAAGGCUCCGACGAAGCGAGAGCCUGUCGGAGAAGCAGGUCAAAGAAGCAAAAUCUAAAUGUAAAAGUAUUGCACUGCUGCUGACGGCAGCUCCCAACCCCAAUUCCAAGGGGGUGUUGAUGUUCAAGAAGCGCCGCCAAAGGGCGAGGAAGUACACUUUAGUCAGCUACGGGACUGGGGAGUUAGAACGUGACGAGGACGAGGGGGAAGAGGGCGAAGGUGAAGAGGGGGACAAGGAAAACACUUUUGAGGUGAGUUUGCUUGCAACAAGUGAGUCGGAAAUAGAUGAAGAUUUUUUCUCUGACAUUGACAAGGACGGUAAGAUCGUGACAUUUGACUGGGACAGUGGUCUGCUCGAGGUGGAAAAGAAGACAAAAAGUGGAGAGGAGAUGCAGACGCUUGCAGACAGCACAGGGAAAGGAGCCCUCAUGUUUGCCAAGAGGCGGCAGAGGAUGGAUCAGAUUACAGCGGAGCAAGAGGAGAUGAAGGCAAGCACAGUACAGACAGAGGAGCACAGGGAAACCACCGUGACAGAGAACUUCCAGAAAGUGAGCUCUUCUGUCUAUCAAUCCAAAGAGGAGGAAAUAUCGAAAGAGCAGACCUGUGUGAGCAAAAGCUACACAGAUGUGAGCCAGAAUCACAGCAAAGUGGUACAACAAAAUGGCUUUGGCUUAGCGCCUGGCACAAACCUCUCUUUUCAGUCCUCUGGAACUCAAAAGCCAGCAUCUUUGAAUAAAACAGCAAAACCCUUCCCUUCUGGAGUUCAAAACCGAGCAGCUGCACCAUUUUCACCUGUAAGAAAUGUCACCAGUCCCCUUUCAGAUGCAGCAGCACCACCUCCUUACUGCUCUGUCAGCCCCCCAGCCGAGGCUUUCUACAGACCUGUCUCAGCUCCCGUGGCCAGCAAGGCUGCCCCACCCCCGUGGGCAGCCACCGAGCCCACGGAACACAUCGCGUCCAGGGACGAAAGGAUUGCCGUGCCAGCCAAAAGAACUGGGAUACUGCAGGAGGCAAAGAGAAGGAGCACUUCCAAACCCAUGUUCAAUUUCAAAGACGCACCCAAAGUAAGUCCUAAUCCUGCCCUGCUGUCCCUUGUACACAAUGCAGAGGGCAAAAAAGGGACUGGAGCUGGUUUUGAGUCAGGACCUGAAGAAGACUACCUCAGUUUGGGAGCAGAAGCUUGUAAUUUCAUGCAGACUCAAGCAUCUAAACAAAAGGCCCCUCCUCCUGUUGCCCCAAAGCCUUCACUCAAGCUGUCUCCUUCUGCUGGUACUCCAGUUUCACCAGUUUGGUCGCCUUCAGCUGCGGCUUCCAACAAGCCUCCUUCUUUCCCAGCACCAGCCUCACCUCAGGCAGCGUAUCCUACACCACCCAAAUCUCCACAGUAUCCUCAUUCUCCCGUCCAUCCCCCAAGCACUCUUGACAUUUCUGGUCCUUUCAAAGGGCCUCAGGCCAGCCUGGCGAGCCCAAACCUUGCCCCCAAGGCAACACCAGUUACCCCAAGUGCUGGAGAAACAAAGCCUCCCUUCGAGAUGCCACCAGCUAUGAGUGGGAAAGGAGCACAGCUGUUUGCCAGGAGGCAUUCCCGAAUGGAGAAGUAUGUGGUGGAUUCAGAGACUGUGCAGGCAAACAUGGCACGAGCCUCAUCUCCAACUCCAUCUUUACCAGCUUCUUGGAAAUAUUCAUCUAAUGUCCGAGCUCCUCCACCCGUUGCUUAUAAUCCCAUCCACUGCCCGUCUUACCCUCCUGCUGCUACCAAGCCCUCCUCUAAGGCCGCCGCUGCUACCAAAAACACAAAAAGAAAACCUAAGAAAGGUCUCAAUGCUUUGGAUAUUAUGAAACAUCAACCUUACCAGCUUGAUCCAUCUUUAUUUACUUUCCAACCUCCUAAGGAAAGCCUUGCCAUGAAGCAGCCGUUGAAGCUGUCCACUUCAAAGCAGACGCUGCCUUUGCCUACCUACCUUCCACCUGGUGCUGGCUCUCCCACAAGGGCCCGGCCUUCUUCCGUGUACUCCGUGCCGGCCUACAGCACCCAGCCUUCGUUCCCGUCAAACGCCUCUCUCCCAGGAAAUGAAUCGUAUUCACCCACAGCCUGCUCGGCGUUUUCUAAGCCAGAAACCACCACGUCCUCUUUGUUUACUGCUCCGAGGCCAAAAUUUUCAGCCAAGAAAGCUGGCGUCACUGCACAGGUGUGGAAGCCGUCGGUUAUUCACGAGUGAACGCGGCAGCAGAAACUUAGUGUCCAUUUUGCUUGCAGUCGGCUGCUGGUUUGCAGUGGUCGCCUGGCGCACAGACUGUGCCAGGGGUGUUCCUUAGCUUACUUUAAGAACGUCAGAUGUAUCACCUCCAAUCUGGGUCCAAAAUGUUUGAAUUUUUUAAAGGAAUCAAAAUAGGUCAAAAAUUUUAGCACAUUUAUGCAUUUUAUCAGGUGCUUUAUAGACAUGACAUCCUAAAACGGAGAGGUACCAUUGUGUGAGGUGAGCAGGACACUAGGUUUUUGCUUUAGGACUACAACGAUAGAAACAGUGAACGAUAUUCCUGGUAUGUCAAAUGAACAGAGAACCGCUUUCUUCCUGUCCCUCUCCCCAGCUGUGUUCUAAUUACCUAAGGAUUUGAGGACUUUGGUGAUUUUUUUUUUUUUUUUAAAGAAGUGUCUUAUUAACUAAUAGUAAUAGGUAUUAUUAACACAGCAUAAAAUAGAUACAGUGUUAGACUCUGACUGAUCACGAGCAGAGCACAAGUGGAUAGAUCUUUGGCCUGCACAGAGCCUCAUGGAAUUCACUCAGAAUCUGUCUUGGCUCAAAAGUCCUUCCACAGGAAUCUCACUGAUCAGCCAGGGGCUUAGCUUUUAAGCUAUGUGGAUCAGCUGUGAUCCAAAAUCAUGAAUUGCCUCUGUGAUUUCACAGAGAACUAUAAGAGAUGCUGGAGUGUUACGAAGACUAAAAAGAGGUGGAAAGACAGCUGGACAAAUUGUUUAAAAUUUCCCAUUUUGGGGAAGUUUCACAUCCCACAUGUAGGCAUAUUUUUAGCCAGAGUUUGCCUUGAACCCAGCAAGUAUGAGAGAAGCCUGUAAAUCAAAAUUAUUGAGCAGUCAGAGAGGUGAGCUGGGUUUUGCAGCUGCAAAGUAAUGCAAGAAUUUCUUGUGAAAGUAGAGUAACUGAGAACUGGAGGGCUACCUAUAGGGUAGAGUGCUGAUUCUUGCUCCCAGAGUAGUCUGUGCCACAGAAAUUACCAGGAAACCAUGAUUAUGACCAUGUCUUCCUACUGGCCUCUUCUACACAUUUCAUUGUUUCCUCUUGGGCCUCCACAGUGCUUUACAGUGCUUCUUCCCACUAUAAAUCUUUUUACUCUGCUCUUUUAUCUUUUACUUGUCAUACUGGGGACUAGGAUUGAAAUACUGCUACUGGGGAAAACUUUUAAGAGCCUGUGGUCUUGAAUUGCACUAAAUGAUCCUGCAGUGAAUAUAGAGCGAAUAUUUGAGAAGUUUAGCAUGGCUUUCAUCAGCAUCAGUGGUGCUAGGGCUAAAACAAGCUGCUGUUUCUCACAAUUAAGGGAAUCAAAAUCCAUCCCAGGUGUAAAGCUAAAGAUUAAAGCAUAACUGUGAAUGAAGAUGGCAGAAUCUGUUGGCAUAUUUGUUUAAACUCUCAUUCAGUUAGUUACAGACCAGAGAAUGGACCUUGUAUAUCAUAGCAGGGUUUGUAGAACUAUCUGUCUUGAUGAAGAAAACAUUCCUAAGUAUGAACAAAAUCUCUGUGUUUUGGUCCCAUGAUGGUAACUCAAACUGCAAUCAAGGAUGAGAAGAAUGCAUUUGGUUGCCCAUGCAGAAAGCAGGCUGAAUUCAAACUCUAACCAAACCAAUAAAAAACACUCCUCUAAAUUUUGGACCUCCAAAAUUCUACUUUUCCCUUUAAAUUUUAGAUUGGGAUAUUGACUGCAUUAGAAGAAAACGACCAAGGGGUCCAUCUCCCUCUUAAAAUUCGGAAAAAUGAUAGGAAAUUCAUAGGGGAAAAAAAUUGAAAACUUGAGAAGUAUUUAUACUGCAUUUACCUGGAAAUAGAAAGUAGCAAUAUUUUAGUCCUUUGGAGAUCUCCCUUCUUCCACUGUCAAUAUCUGUACUUUUCUUCUAUCAUUAAACUUGUCUCUUUCCUCUCUG